UGGGAGAGAACCAGAUGACAACUGUUCUCCUCCAAUAACCUUACUUCCCUCCCUCUUUUAAAAAAUCUCUGCAACAACCCGGUCUCCCGUCACUCAGAUUAUUUAGGAUAGAAGGAGUGUGCGUGGGACUGCGUGGAGGUCUGGGCUCCAGAACAGGCGGUGGAAGGGGGGAGACUGGAAUGAAGGAAAAGAGGAGGAGAGAGCGCGACUGGCUGGGGGUAGAAAAACAACCGGAAACCCAGUGAUUCCAGUGCUGUUUCUGCAAAUCCACCAGACAGAACAAGAGCCUGCCUCGUCCCAUCCAAACUAACUCCUUUUCUCCAGUUUGUCUCCUAAAAUAAUAAGAUCCUGAAGGAGGUGAAGCCUCAAACGUGACGUCGGUGCGGCUCUCAGUCAGUAGCAGUGUGAUUAGCCAGUCUGAGCGGAUGCAGACAUUUGGGAGCUGUGUGCUGAGAUUUCUUUCUGCUCUGCCAUCUCAAACGAUUUUGAGGUCCUAUGGAUCCGUCUUUGUGCUUUCAAGGAACCUCUUGUGUUAAUCGUCCUGACUACUAACGGGAGCCACAUGAAGAAUAAAGGGAACAAGCAGAAAUCCAAAAAGAAAGGAAAUGAAAAUGUGUUCGGCUGUGACCUGAUAGAACUUCUCCAGAACUCAGGACAAGAUGUUCCUCAGGUCCUGAAGAAAUGUGCAGAGUUUAUUGAGAAGUUUGGGAUUGUGGACGGCAUUUACAGACUUUCUGGGGUCACCUCGAACAUCCAGCGCCUCAGGCAGGAAUUCUGCUCUGAGGUGUGCCCUGACCUUACAAAGGAAGUGUACCUCCAGGACAUCCACUGUGUGGGUUCCUUAUGCAAGCUGUACUUCAGGGAGCUACCCAAUCCUCUGCUCACGUUCGAGCUGUACAGCAAAUUCACCGGAGCUGUUUCAGUUCAGGGAGAUCAUGAGAGGCUGUUACACAUCCAGAGUGCUGUCAAAGAGCUGCCGACAGCUCACUUCAGGACUCUAGAGUACCUCACCAAGCACUUGGCCCACCUCGCCACUUUGAGCAGCCAGACAAACAUGCAUACACGUAACCUGGCCCUGGUCUGGGCUCCAAACCUGUUGAGAUCCAAGGACAUUGAGGCGUCCUCUGGUAAUGGAGACAUGGCGUUCCAGGAGGUACGGAUACAGCAGUCGGUCAUUGAGUUUAUUUUAAACCACGUAGAGCAGAUCUUCAACAGUGAUCCUGUGCCAGUUAAAGCCAAAGAAGGACCCAGUUUGCUGUGCGGAGAGAAGAAGUACGCCACGCUCCCGAUCAGCGGCCAGUGUGGGCCGAUGAAGCUGAUGAGCCUGGAGGAGGCCCAGGCUCGCUCCUUGAGUCCAAACCAUCCUGUUCACAAAGAGCGUCAGCGAGAGAACAGCCUUCCCGACACGAGCACGGCGACGCUCUAUCACACCGUCAUAGAAAUAUCAGACCACAAGAGGAGAUUUUCUGGCAAAUCUAAGAAGUGGAAGUCCAUCUUUAACCUUGGAAAAUCUGUUGACUCAAAGGGAAAACUGAGCCGCAACGGCAGCGUUUUGACAAGAGGACAGGGGGUGACAGAAAAAGCAGCGCUGCGCUCAUCCAGGAGCAUGGAGUCGUUAUGCAUAUCACCACCAGGUGCAGACAGACCAGAAGUCAAUAAUCCAGUAGGCGGAUCCAGCAGUGUUUUUAUUCCUGAUGUAAAAUCCAGAACUCUGGGAUCCGACUCGCUCUGUGACCUGACUGAGCACGACCCGAGCUGGGAGGUUAAAGAGAAAACCUCUGGCGGGGCGACAGCUGUGUGGAGCUCCAGCAUGAACCAGAAGGACUCUUCAGGAGCUUCCUCUCAGAAGUCCCUCCCAGAGCAGCUUAAAGUGUUCAAAGGUGAUGACCUCAGCAGUUACAAGCCCUCGUCUCCUAAAAGCAGGAGGAUGCUCUACGCCGGAUAUUCCCACAGCAACUCCUCACGGCCCUCAUUCCCAGGAAGCUUCUUCCCACUGGAGUCCUCACCGAGGCACCAACGCAGAGCCAUCAACAUUUCUGAGCCUUUCGCCGUGUCCGUACCUCUCCGUGUGUCUGCUGUUAUCAGCUCCAACAGCACGCCAUGCAGGGUGCACAGCAAGGACAAAGCUGCCACUCUAAGAUCCAGCAAGGAGCCCUCAGAGCAGAGCAGCAACUUCAAAAAGAGCAACACGUUCCCCCUGCUGGAGCCAAAGAGGCAGGAAGGAACAGAGAAGAAGCUCAUGGACGAGCUGGCCGCUAGAGCUUCACCAGAUGAUACAAGCAGACAAGUGAUGCAGAAAGAUGAAGGAGAGAAGAAACCCUCUGACCUGGAAGCCCUGCCUCACGCUCUUCCUGCUGGAGAAGGCAAAGAUACAGACCCACCUUCUGGAGAAGAGCGCCAUCAGCCCACGCAGAACCAACUGGAUCGGGGAUCCUCUACUGGGAAAGAAGUCCACCCCGAGCUGAAGAUAACUGAGCCCGAAACCAACCUGCUGGACGCAUCUUUGAAACCAGUUUUCUUCUCGACGAGUGCUUGUGUGAACCCAAAGUUAACAAUGGAUGUGAAGUCGAAGCGAAGUCGUAGCUCCCCGUCUCUAUCUUUGCUCUGUAGGGAGCCAUCCCAAAGUACCCCUCCCAGUGAUCAUGUGACUUCUACCAGAUCUGAUUGCAAAAAGAAGCAGCCCUCAGAACCAGACCUCUUGUUUGUUGUUCAUAAAAACAUUGACCUCACAUCUGGUGGAAAAUCUCAUAAUCUUCAACUUCUGGAUGCAUCAGAGCAGCAACCACGGCGAAAAGUCCCAGCGCUAAACAAAAACGAGCCACCUUACGCCAAACAAAGCCAACGUCCUGCGAAGGAAGCCAGUUUGCAUCACGUUAUGAACCACCUGACACUAAAAGACCUUCCACAAGUGGCUAACUUCUCAGUAGCAGACAGCACAGACAGAAAACAUGAAACUCAUCACGGGGACAAAGAAAUGCCACAUGUGAUCCCUGAGACGGACGCUGGCCAGAGGCUGUCCGUGUGCUUAGAGGAGAAACACGCCUCAGUGGAACCGCCGAACCUCGAGGAUGAAGAGGGGUGUGGGGAGCAAAUGGAGGAGCUGGACUUGGUGGAGCCCUGGGAUGAUCUCAGCUCCACUAAGCAGUGGGUGACCAGCCCUCUGCACUCACCUGAUAUAGAAGAGUUGCUCAACCAGCUGUCACCUUUCAGCCCACAGGAAGCAACUCUGAGCUCUGAGGGAAACAAGCAUUCAUCUCUGUCAGCUGAUGAUAAUAAACAAUCUGUUAUCAGGACUGAUCAAGUCUCAGGAAACCCUCCACCAACAGUUCCUAUGAGAGCGCGUGAAACCAGCAACAAUGCAACACAACCUCAGGCUGCAAAGUGCAACACAACCAAACAGAAAAAUACAGUUUCAUCUCAGAGGUUCAACAGACAAACGUCGUUUGAGACAGUCGUCCCAGAGAGACGAGAGGAGAACCGCUUCUGUAAACACAGGCCCUACUCGCUGAACCUGGACCUGGACCUGGGCCAUCGUUACAUCAGAGAUAUUUCUAAUCAACAGAACUGUAAGUCAUCAGAGUUCUCACUAUGUCAGAAAGGCUCGCUGGCCUCGGCUGCAACUGGGAGCAAAGGCCACUCGGAGUUGGACCUGUUUCUGAACGAUCGACAGGCGCCUCUUCGUCGAAACUCGGCUCCGGUCAGCGUGUCGUCAGUUCGGACAGCCUUCAUGAUUAAAACGUGUCAAGCCAAAGCUGUGCCGGUCAUCCCUCCAAAGGUCCAGUACAGCCAGAUACCUCGGUUGAGACACGAGGGGGAUUCCAACCCAGUAAAAGAACAAGAAAAGGGCCGUCCUAAGAUCAGUGCAGAAACCAGCAGUGCAGCGCCGCCUCUUCCUCUGAUGUUGAUGUCAGACCUACCAGAACAGCUGGAGAAUAAAAAGCCUGGUCCCAAACAGCAAAAAACCCCAAGUGUUCAAAAAUCCGCAGAGUCUGUAAAGACCACCUCCACGCCAGAGCUGCCUGUCAUAACCAGGAGACUCAACCCGAAUCUGGAGGUCUUCGUGGAUUGUCCCAGACCCAACAGAGCAAACUUGUUACAAAGACCAUCCUUCAGGAAUCGACAGAGACCUCAGAGUCUCAUCCUCCUCAGCCCUCCUUUCCCCAUCAUGGACUAUCCGCCGUCAGGAGAUGACGGGAGGCUCCUGUCGUCCAUCAAGAACCUGAACGACACAUCUGCCCUUCUUUCUAAGGAGAAUUUCAGGACGUCAGAGGGGAUUUCUCUUCACAAUAAAAUGACGAUUCCAAAAAGUGGACAGAGACUGGAGACGUCCACCAGCUGCUUCUACCAGCCUCAGAGGAGGUCGAUGAUAUUUGACAGCAGGAGCCACCGGCAGAUCGAGUGACCAGAAGAAGGCUGGUUGCAUGUAAAUAGAUGGAGGGUCUUACAGAGGAAACAGAGGGAGAUGAUAAUGAUAAUCUAUGGGAUUUAGUUUUUUAUAUUCUGUGAAAGAUUAAGUUUAAAAAAAGGUUCAAAAACAGGAACUUGAAGCCAUAAUUGAAACGAGAUCCAAAGCAGUAACUAAAAACUUUCCUCAACUUUGUGUUCUUAUUGACUUUAUACUUUAGUCAUUUUUAUUAAUUGAUUACCUGUAAAUUAAAUAUUCAUUUAAACAGAAAUCACAUUAGAGCAUGAAAAAUGACAUCAGAGGUGAUCAACAGGAGAAGGCGGUGAACCUAAAGAUAUUGACUUGAAAAUUUGCACAAAUAAAAUAUAUUAGUCUGUCCCAUCCCUCUCUGCUGUGCUUCAGCUCAGGCUCCACUUUUAUCUUUUUAAUAGCAAAUAGCAGCAGUGGAUGUGAACUGUUACUCUUUUCAUGCCCUAUUUGGUCAUGCCUGAUCCCAUUCAGGACUACCUCAGCUGAGAUUUCAACCAUCCUCUAAUAAACACUGCUGACGUCUGAUUCACAAGUAUUCUUAUCGUCUAAAGAAAAAAAUCCACAAUUGCUAAAGCUAAUUUGUGGGUAUGAAUUGCAAAACAUAGAACACUUGUCUUGAAUUUGUGCACAUCGAUUUGCGCAUCCCUGAGCUGUUGAUUCAAGGUAAAUGUAGAAGAAAAUGAAGGUCCUGCAUCACAGGAUGAGUUUCAGCUGGUUUGGACAAAACUAACAGGUUUAUUUAAGCCCAAAGUUGGUUUAAGUGGGGAUUUUUAUAAACAAUAAUCUUUCUCAGAUAGCUCUUUGAACAACCUACGUUUGGGGGAAAUUGUUAAAUUCUCCCCAACAUAAUGAACUAGUUUGUCACAAUAAAGUUUGUUUUACACUAUUUAAAUUUUUGAUGCAGUGUUUGAAAAAUAUAAAAUGUUGACUGUGAUCGUCAAAUCCUCCUCCAGCUGUAAAUAACCAUAGCACUCUAUGCAAAUGAAUGUGUACGGAAAGCCAAAGAGUUAUGAAAUAGUUUUUGAGUUCAAAGUUCUUUUGAACAACAGUAAUUUACUUCAGGGCUAGCUUCACUGUGACAAGCCCUUGUCACAAGUAAUCUUUGUUUCUCUAAAAUGAGGUUGUUCAAGCAGCAGAUGUUCAUUAACUGCCCACAGGAACCCACUUUAAGGUUAAAUAAAAAAUAAAAAUAAAGCUCUAUUGCAUGCUCACAUAAAAGAGAAAUUAUGACGGAGUGAAGGUGCUGAAGAACCUCCUAAGUUCAGGUUUUGAAUCGUUUUAGUUUUUUUUCUUCCACAAAACAAUUUAAAU